GCGGGCGGGCGGCAUAAAGGCGGGGCCGCCCCGUUCUGCUCCCUUCUGCUCCCCGAUAUCUGAAGAAAUAGCCUCAAGAUGAAUUUAUUCCUGGAGAUGCUCAAAGUCCUUGGACUUACGACUUACUAUAUGUUGGAGUCACUGGUGUUCUUGUUUGUGCCAAAACGUAAGAAGAGUGUUAGUGGUGAAAUAGUAUUAAUAACAGGAGCAGGAAGUGGAAUUGGAAGACUCUUAUCCGUAAAAUUUGCCAAACUUGGAGCCACGCUGGUUCUUUGGGACAUUAAUCAAGAGGGGCUCCAUGAGACGAGCAGACUGGCUGGAGAAAAUGGAGCAGUGAAAGUACAUGCUUACAUCUGUGACUGCAGCAAAAGGCAGGAAGUCUACCGAGUUGCAGAUCAGGUUAAAAAAGAAGUUGGCGAUGUUAGCAUCCUAGUCAACAAUGCUGGUAUUGUAACUGGGAAGAGGUUUAUCGAGUCUCCAGAUUCGCUUGUGGAAAAAACUAUGCAAGUGAACAUAAUGGCACACUUUUGGACUUGCAAAGCCUUCCUGCCCGCAAUGAUAGCCUCUAACCAUGGACACUUGGUUAGCAUCGCGAGCUCAGCAGGACUGAUUGGAGUCAAUCGUCUUGCAGAUUACUGUGCAAGUAAAUUUGCAGCAGUUGGUUUUGCAGAGUCUGUUGAUGUAGAGAUGAGAAGUCUGGGAAAGACUGGUAUUAAAACUACGACUGUGUGUCCUUAUUUCAUAAGCACAGGAAUGUUUGAUGGCGCUGAGACCAAGUGGUCACGUCUGCUUCCUGUUUUAGAGCCAGAGUAUGUGGCUGAAAAGAUAAUGACUGCUAUUCGACAAGACCAAGAAAUCUUGUUCCUACCACGCAGUCUGUAUGUUUUCUUUGCUUUGAAAAACAUCCUGCCAGUGAAAAUCUCAGUUAUCCUUGCGGAAUUUGCUGGGGCCUACAAAUUAAUGGAUAACUUCAAAGGUCGAGGGAAGAAGGACUGAAAAUAUCUCAAAAUUCAGCAAUGCAAAAGCAGAGCUUGUUAAAGGUGGUGGUAGGAAAGGUCUGCUUCUGUAGCAGCUGUGAACUUAAGGUGCCUCACUUCCAGUUAGUAACAAUUUUUAAGAAAAUUGCUUUUUAAUUAGCUUUUAACCAUUUUCAUCUGAACUUUUUAUCCAAUGAACUGUUUUCUUUUUGUCUCAUUAUGGAAAUAGAUUAACUGAAAUGGGCUCCCUUGGUGAUGUCUGUUAUAAUGCCUUAAAUACCAUUCUCUUCAAACUAAUAAUUGGCAGUUUUUUGGGGAGAUGGGACCAAGAAACUGCUUGUGAUUGGCUGGGAGCCAGGAAAGUCUCUAAUGGACCUGACCUCUCACUGUCAUUCACUGGACCACAAGGAGGGGCUGUACUGCCAGUGCCAUUACCAUUCCUUGGUAAACUGAGGAACUCAAGAGUUUCCUGAACCAACAGAUUCAAGUUUUUGCAAAUGGAAGUUUUAUGCAAUUAAAACAUGUGCUCUGUUGGUGCAGAACAAAUGUAAUGUAUUAGUUUGGGGGGGGGGGGGAGGUUGGUGAUCUCAGGGUUCACAGAUGACUAUGCAUGUCUUGGGGGGAGGGGAAGGAAUGAAUGUAAAUGACAUUUAUGCUGCUAAUUGACUUCUUGUCUAAUUUAUUUUAAAAGCUAAUACUAUGCCUGCAACUUCAUAGUAGAAUUCUGCAUACCUUUUAAGUGCAAUAUUUUAGAAACAACUUCCAUUUUUUGCCUCCUAAGUGGAAUACACUUGUAGUUAUAAGAUAGCCCACAGUCCAGGUGGGCUAUCAAACAUCUGGCCAAGAAGGACAUCAAGCUACUAAAACCAAAGCUAUUGCAUGGUAUAAUCAGGGCUUCUGCUGGGAUUAUUUCAGAAGGGAAUGAUGCUGAUAGAACUGGAGUCAAUGUGAUCUCUACAGCUCCAGCUUGAGUAACAGCAUGUUUUAUUCCUCUGGAUUGGGCAGUAGGUUGCCUUGUGCCUACAGUGACUUCUUUUACUUUCCCUUUCUCUUUGGACUGUCCUCUGGUAGGUUGAGGAAGCCUUGCACUUUCUGACAGUGACGAUCAGAAAACUGAGAACACCACAAUGACUUCAGGUAAAUCCCAAACAAGAAAAAAGAUUAUACCUUAAAUGUAUGCCAUUUCUGCAUAUGCUGGUUAAACCCAUCUCAUGUCACAGUAGUCCAUUGGCAAUUGGCAACACCUGCAAACUAAGGGUGAUUGUUAUUAAAAAAAAAAAGUCCCAUGAUGGCCUAGAAGCUACUUUCAUUUCCCUUGUCUAUACACUUAGUGGUUUACUGAUUUGAGAAAUGUUCACAUAGAACUACUUUGCUAAUGAUGAGCAAGAAAGAAGGGGUCAAACAAGCAUGUUAAAAAUAGCCUUACGGUUAUGACAGAUUGUGAGGUAGAAUUCAGACUGAUGAAGAAAAGAUUUGUCUUAACUGUCCUUUCAGAUCUGUGUCUUUCCUGUCUCUGAAAUUCUGCUCAUUUUGCAGUACACUGCAGGAAAUUAAAGUUACUAAUAAACAGAUAUGUCUUAUAUUGUGCCCAUAUGUAUGUCCAUACACUGUUUGCUGGUAAUAAAGUCAACCACUAAUA